GCAUAUAUCUAUCCUUAGACGCUGUUAAAUACUCGAUAAUCAUUCACACUGCUAUCAAUACUAAGCGCUAUAAUCAAUAAUACCAACAUGGCAGACUACACCUACAAGUACUACAACAUCACCUUUCCCCAGCAAUAUGUCGCCCACGUCGAGAUCAACCGGGCCGACAAGAUGAAUGCCUUCUUCGAAGCCAUGUGGAUCGAACUAUCCCAAGUCUUCGCCCACCUCUCCCAAGACCCCUCCGUCCGCGCCAUCGUCUUCAGCGGCGCCGGCGACAAAGCAUUCACAGCCGGACUAGACGUCAAAGCCGCUUCUGAGGGUUUCUUAAUGGACAAGGAGACGGACAACGACCCCGCCCGCAAAGCCGCCGCUCUCCGCCGCCACAUCACCCCAUUCCAGGAUUGUAUCAGCGCGGUCGAGCGCUGCGAGAAACCUGUUAUCGUGGUUAUGCAUGGGUUCUCGUUGGGUCUAGCCAUCGACCUCUCUACCGCAGCGGACGUGCGGGUAUGCGCGCGCGAUGCACGAUUCGCGGUUAAGGAGGUUGAUAUCGGUAUUGCAGCGGAUAUCGGCACACUGAGUCGAUUGCCCAAGGUAGUCGGAAACUUUGGAUGGGUGAAAGAGGUGGCAUUGUCGGCGCGGAUUUUUGGAGCGGACGAGGCUUUGCGCGUGGGGUUGGUCAGUUCCGUGUAUGAUUCGAAGCAAGAUGCUGUUCGGGGGGCGGUAGACUUGGCGACGUUGAUGGCUAGUAAGAGUCCGGUUGCAGUGCAGGGGACGAAGGAGAUUUUGAAUUGGUCGAGGGAUCAUUCGGUGCAGGAUGGCCUCCGGUAUACAUCGGUCUGGAACAGCGCUGCUCUACAGACCAAAGACGUAUCUUCAGCACUGCUUUCAGGGAUCCAGAAGCGGACGCCAACGUUUGAGAAGCUGUGAUAUUGUCUGAUUUUGGUUUAUUAGUCUCUUUCCUCACAGGGCAUGAUAUGCCAGCCCGUCCACUAACAGCGUCUUGUACAUAAGAAUAGAACAGUCUAUAUGAAUCUCUACACGUGGAAUCCGUUCCAGAUCUC